CAUACUGUAUGUAUGUCUAUGGGGCCAAGUGCCAACCAGCGACAUCAUACAUCUCAUAUUACAAUAUGUUGAAGUGGGGAAUAAAGCCCAUUACUGCAUAUGUAACGAGACACACCAGUGGCUAUGUAAAACUUCUACUUACUGGAGAGCUUGGCUGGCUGCCUAAAUGAUAAGAACACGGGUCAACACAGCAGCUCUUUGUGAAUGAGCGCUGCCUGGCAGCUUUACUACAUCAGACAAGUCAGAGAAGCUUGUCCUCUCUGGGCUCUAUGCCACUCCACUAACACGCAUGCACACUCAGUCACUUGCACUCUCUCACUCAUUCGCUGUGCUUUGUGACUGUGUGCUUCUUAGUAGUAAUUAUGUUUCAUUAUAGGUCAAAAUAAAGAAUUCAAGUGUGUGCUUGUGUCAGAGUUCAGGGACUUGGUGCUGCCAACUAUGGCCAGACAGGGGUGGAGCUACGGAUGUUUCUGUGGUGAUAAAAGAGGAUGUGGUCUGUGCCCCUCUGCCAAAGACAGGCCACACCCCAACGACACUAUUUACCUUGACUUCACUGUCUGUCUGUCUGUCUCACACUCCACACACACAACCUUCUGUGCACCUCUCUCUCUCGCUCUCUGUCUCUACCUCCCUCUAACUCUCUCUCACACCCAUACACACAUUUUCUCCAGCCACAAGCUGGUCUGUUUGAAAAUACCGAACACAGAAUCCUGCUUUCCCUCCUCCUCCAUACCCCUCUUCACCUCCAUUCCUCUCAGUGAAGAGAGACCAUCCAGGAGAGGAAAAAGGGCGUCUUCCCAGGGAAAGGCCAGUCCCAACUCAAAGGUAGGAAUUCCUGUCACCGGGAACCAUCGGAAACACAGGGACCUCACAGAUGGGACAAAUGGACGGGUUUCCUCCUCGCCUCGCUCUGUCUCUAAGCAGUGGUUUCUCCCAGCGGUGAGAGGGGAUAUCCCUCCAGGCUGUGCUGCCCAUGGUUUUGCCUGUGAGGGAACCCGCAUCCUGGUCUUUGGAGGCAUGGUGGAGUUUGGCAAAUACAACAACAGCCUGUACGAGCUACAGGCGAGCCGCUGGCUGUGGAAGAAGCUGAAACCCAGGCCGCCCAAGAACGGCAUGCCGCCCCCCUGUCCCCGCCUCGGACACAGUUUCACCCUCAUUGGGAACAAGUGCUACCUGUUCGGGGGGCUGGCCAAUGACAGUGAGGACCCCAAUGGCAAUGUCCCAAGGUACCUGGAUGACUUUUAUGAGCUGGAGCUGCAGUCAGUGUCAGGGGUGAAGGGUUGGAACAUUCCGGAUACUAAGGGUGUGGGUCCGUGGGCUCGAGAGUCCCACACCUCGGUGGCAUACACUGGGACAGGCUCCCCCAAACUCUACAUCUUCGGAGGGAUGAGAGGCAGUCGCCUUGACGACCUCUGGCAGCUUGACCUCGAAUCUAUGACAUGGUCUACUCCUGACACUAAAGGACCCCCUCCUCUACCCAGAAGCCUUCACUCUGCCAACGUUAUAGGAAACAAGAUGUAUGUUUUCGGGGGAUGGGUCCCCGUUCCAGAGACAGACAAACCUAAUGCCCUGGGAGCUGAAUGGAUCUGUACCAACUCCUUAUCCGUGCUCAACUUAGACACCAUGACGUGGCAGAGCCUAGGCCCAGAUCAGCAACAGGGGCAGACAGUGAGCCAGGAGGACCAGCAGGGCCAGGGGGACCAGGAAGAGCCCCAGCCCAGCAGCGGGGGCCCCAGAGCCAGGGCAGGCCACUGUGCUGCCUCCAUCGGCUCCCGCCUCUACAUCUGGAGCGGCCGUGACGGCUACCGGAAGAGCUGGAACUACCAAGUGUGCUGCAAGGACCUGUGGUACCUGGAGACAGAGCGGCCCUCCACCCCAGCAGCAGUUCUACUGGUCAAGUCCACUGUCAGCAUGCUCCAUGUGGCCUGGCGCCCCCUACCGGCAGCAGAGUGCUACCUCCUCCAGCUGCAGCCCGUCUCUCCCUCUAACACCCUAGACAACCCCACAGCCCCACCCAGCACAGGUGCCCAGGAGAGGAACCCCCAGGAACAAUCAGAUGUCCAGUCAGCUCAGGUCCCAGAUGACCCCACCUCACAGGAAGCCCAGAAGACGUCCCAACAGGAGGUGGCGGCAGGGCAGGCGGAGACUCCCAUGGAAGUGUCAGAGGCUGUUAGGGAUCCCCAUCCAGAGGGGGUGAGUGAUGCUAGUAGAGAAACACACUCUGAGCCCUUGGGACAGGAGGGUGACCCCACAAAAACCUCCCAGCCCUCGGACACAGUGGCGAGCAGUGAACACCAGCCAGGACAAGAACCUGACACCACUUCCUCAGAUCCCAACACUGUCACGUGCAAGGUAUCUGGUGAGAAAUCAGAUGAGUCUGAGUGGUUUGAUGCUGGAGUGUUCAAAACCCUGUUCUCUGAGGUUACCCACUACUACCUGCCACCUGAGAAUGUCUUUAAUCCCACCAUCUACAGCAGACCCACUAAUACUAAAGAGAUGAAGUUGCAGGGGCCUCAGGACUAUGAGUGGAGGGAGAAGCAGGAGUUGUGUCCAGGUGUAGCCUACAGGUUCAGAGUAGCAGGCAUCAACAGCUGUGGUCAGGGAGACUUCAGCCCUGCCAGCGAGUUCAAAACCUGCCAGCCUGGCUUCCCCGGAGCGCCCUCUGCUGUCAAGAUCACCAAGGCUAAUGACUCGGUCCACAUCACGUGGGACUCCCCCACCUCUCCGUCAGGUAAGAUCCUGGAGUACUCCAUGUACCUGGCGGUGAGGAAGAGCCGGUCCAGCAGCUCUGAGCGUCCUGGCCAGCUGGCCUUCAUCAGGAUCUACCGCGGCACCAAGACCUCUUGCACCGUCAGCCCCGCCCACCUGGCCAACGCCUACAUCGACAGCUCCGCCCCCAACCGGCCAGCUGUCGUCUUCCGCAUCGCCGCAAAGAACGAACAGGGCUACGGGCCCGCCACGCAGAUCCGCUGGCUACAGGAUGCCAGUAAACUCAAAGCCUCGUCAUCACAACCAGAUGGCAGCCCCACAGAGGCAGAACAGGAGGCAGCAGACAGCUCAAGUUGAAGAUCGACUGCCAGACGCUAACCGAUACCCAGGAAAAAUGAUGUAACAAGUCAGAGGGCAUGACUACUUUCCAAC